CCUCACCGACUCUCUCUCAACUAUCUUGCAACGUCAUUGAAUCCUGAUGCCUGGCAAGAUCGAUUUAUAUCAAGCCCUAUGAACCAGAUCAUCAAGGCAAACCUGGAUCGGUCGAAAACGAAGUGGAAAGAGUCGUUGUCGAACGAGCAGGUGCACGGUUCAGGCACACACUCGACAUCAUGACAGUUCCUCAAACACCAAUGCUCUCAAAAGAGUGGGAUUCAUCUUAUGACGUCCCUCCAAUAUCAAGGUGUCACCAGAUAUGGGACACACGAACAGCUCGCUUUACACCUUGUUCUCUACCGUUCAUUUCGUCAAUCCCAGUCGUAGUCGGAGCGCUGAUCCUUCUAACGUAUUUGCUGCGAGCCUUCAACCCAUACCGACCAAGAUGGACGAAGCCGUUUGUAGAAGAGCCCAAAGAAAUUCUGGACGAGUUGGACCAAUCGAACCAACAUCAAACGUUAUCUGCAACCUUUGGCUUGUUGGCAUUGACCUCAAUUGGUUUGGUUUUACAGAUCGUCGAUGUCUUUUCUUCCGAUUAUCAAAUGUCUGCAAUAUGUUUCACGGUCGCAUGGGGCAUCGGAACUGCGAUCGUAGUGAUCGAGCGGCCUAAAACAGCACCGUCAUCUCUAUUUGUACUUUUUGUUACUCUCUUUCUUGCGUACUUGAGUGUGCUGUCUCAGACGCAUACAUCACUUGCAGGUAAAGAUGCCCCUUUGGUGCUUGCGCCUGUUGCAGCCCUCGUAGGCAUAUUUGUCAUUCUCAAUAUGCCUUUGAGAAGUCCGUAUUUGCCGAAACAAGAUAUCAGCGAAGUGUUCAGCGCGCCAACGGCAAAACUAAGAACCCCCGAAGACAACUUGACUCCAUGGCAGUAUAUGACGGUCUCGUGGAUGGAUCCGCUAAUUCAAAAGGGUGCCACCAAGAACAUGGAGGAGGAUGAUGUUUGGGAUCUUGGCUUUGAGUUCAAACAUGAACGUCUUCACGCUACUUUUCGAGAGCUAUCCGGCUCUGUAACUAAACGAAUUUUCGUGGCGAACGGUAUGGAUUUAGUACGCACAACAAGUUUGUCUCUUGUUCAACUUGCUGCAACCCUUGCUUCGCCUAUUUUACUACAGCGGAUUCUGGCCUCGAUGAAUGAUCCCUUGUCUCCUCGUACAGCAACUCUCACCUAUGCCCUGAUCGCUCUCGCGCUGCGUUGGAUCUCUGCCCAAUGUAAUGUGUUCAACCUAUGGUUCCAACGACGCAGCUAUGAGCGAUCACGUGGCGAAAUGAUUACGAUGCUAUACGAGAAAACCCUCAACCGCAAAAUUCUAGGCGCAAAACCGGAAGUGAAAGACGAACCACAAGAUGACGUUUCGAACGGCGAGCCACAAGAAGCAGCAGACGACGAAUCUCUUAACGCCAGUGAACCCUCACCUCAGGGGUGGCUCGGUAGCCUCUCUUCAUCAAUGCGAAGCCUCUUCACGAGGCCAAAGAACGAGCCCAAGCGUGAGAAAGACGCUGCGUCCAUGGGCAAGAUCCUCAAUAUCAUGCGCGGUGACGUGUACGAAGUGUCACAGCGCUUCUGGGACUUUUCUGACAUUAUAAUCAAGCCGGUCGGAGCAAUCUUCGCCAUCUUGCUCAUUUGGCGUAUGCUGGGCUGGGCAUGUUUGCUUGGGGUUUUAGCCUUGAUUGCGUCACAGCUGAUCAACGUAGUUGUUGCUCGAUAUCAAGUGUACUUCGAGCGGAAACGCAGAGCCGCUACCGACGAGAAAUUACAAAGAACUACACAGUUCAUUGAAUCCAUCCGGCACUUGCGCUGGUAUGGGUGGCAAGAAGCGUGGUUAUCGGAUAUCUCUGAGUCUAGGAAGAACGAACUUCACUAUAGGGUCAUUUUGAUGGUGUUCUCCACAUCGAUGAACUUUAUUUUAAGAUUUGGCGCUGGGCUAUUUCCAGUUGUGGCCUUCUACGCUUUCACCGCACUGGCAAAAAAACCGCUACGAGUUGAUCUCAUAUUCCCAGCCAUGGAUCUAUUCAAUCUUUUGGGAGAUUAUCUUCGUGCGCUACCUAACCUCCUAACCACAUUACUCAACGCUUACGUCGCUAUGGGCCGUAUCGAGGAUUUCAUGAACGAGCCAGACAAGGAGCAAGUGGAUGCCGUCUCUGAGCAACGGACCGAACUUGCCUUGCAUAACGCAUCUUUCGCAUGGCCUGGAGUCAACAAGAACAUUCUUGAAGACGUCAAUCUGUCUUUCCCACCAGGAUUGACCGUAAUUUAUGGACCGGUAGCCGCCGGCAAGACCGCACUACUACAAGCUCUCCUUGGUGAGCUCGACAUUAGCGCAGGCGAGGUCAUCUCUUCAAACCAGGUCGUCGGCUACUGUUCUCAAACUCCCUGGCUGCAAAGUAUGAGCAUCCGAGAUAACAUUCUCUUCUCUUACCCGUUCGAAGAAGCUCGGUACAUGGAGGUACUCGAAGCCUGUCAAUUGAAACCCGAUAUGGCAGAAUUCAAGCAUGGCGACCUUUCAAACAUUGGCGAGAAUGGCAUAGGCCUGUCAGGUGGGCAGAAAGCUCGAGUAGCACUUGCCCGAGCCGUGUAUAGCAAUGCUCAGAUACUUCUACUUGACGACCCUCUCUCGGCUCUGGACUUUCAGACAUCUGAAAGCAUUGUUCAGCGAUUACUCGCUGGUCGUCUCCUCGGCGGAAGAACGACCAUACUGGUCACGCACCGAACCGAACUCUGUCAUGGUAUUGCCAAACAAUGGGUCCAACUGGAGCGUGGAAGAGCGACACUGCACGAGCCCACUGCUGUGGAAGACAACACUCUCAAACGCGCGCACACCAACGAAUCGGUCCCCGAUGAGGAAACUAAGAAACGGGAAGACGAAAAAGUUGUUCCAGAUAAGUUCAUCGAAGAGGAGCACCGCGCAAAAGGCGGCGUAACGUGGAGUAUCUAUUGGCGAUACAUCAAGGCCGGGACUAUUGGCUGGUGGACUAUGUCGCUAUUUGUCAUGAUCACGUUUCGCUGUGUCGAUGUAGCGCAGACGUGGUUCAUAAAAGCUUGGGGAGAAAGUUACGAUACAGGCAAGCCUAAGGGAAUCUUUCAUUUCUUGCCUCCGGCAGCUGAGAACGUCGUACCUUGGCUGGUCACCUUUUUCUCUAUCGUUACCACUAUGGCCUUUCUCUUCUGGAUCACGAAUCUCAUCAUGUUUGGCGUAGGGUACCAUGCCGCGAAACACAUCUUCAACGAGUCGAUGGAACGAGUCGCGCAUGCAACAUUCAGAUUCUACGACGUUAAUCCCGUAGGACGACUCAUGAACAAACUGACAAGCGACAUGGGCACCAUAGACGGCGGGCUCAGUACCUUACUCACGGUUUUUGCGUGGCAGUUCGUGGGUUGGAUUAGCAACAUUCUGGUCAUCUUGUCUUCGGCACCUGGGUUUCUGGUUUUCGGUGUAAUCCUCUUUUGCGGCUUUGUAUACUUCUUUCUCCGGUUUCUGCCAACUUCGCAAAGUUUACGACGCCUCGAAAUGGUCUCACUUUCCCCACUGAUGUCGAACUUUGGGGCUCUAGUCGAAGGGCUUACUACUGUUCGAGCAUUCAAAGCGCAGCCACGCUUCCAAGCUAGCAUGAUUAACGUAGUAGACAGAUUUCAACGUAUGGACCAUUUCUACUGGUCCCUUCAAGCCUGGCUCGCUCUUCGUUUUAGCUUUAUGAACGCAAGCGCCACAUUCGCGAUGACCUGUAUUGCCUUAUACACAGGGAUCAGCCCCGGCUUGACAGCGUUUGUCCUGCUCACAGCAAACGCAUUCGUUGUUCACACUGAAUAUAUGUGUAAGUGCUAUGGACAGCUGGAGAUGGAUUUCAGUAGCGUUGAACGCGUUAUCGAGCUCCUGGAUAUCGAAACAGAAAAACCAGGGGAGCUCAACCCUCCAGCACACUGGCCUACAUUCAACGGCGACGUCACAUUCGAAGACGUAACCAUCCGGUAUGCGCCAAACCUCGAUCCCGCGCUCCAAAACAUCACACUUCAAAUCCCAGGCGGUAGCAACACAGCGAUCAUCGGCCGUACUGGUUCCGGUAAAUCUACUCUUGCUCUCUCCCUCCUCGCCACCAUUUCUGCAGAAAGUGGCUCCAUCUUCAUCGACGGAGUGGACAUCUCCAAAGUCAACAAACAGGCACUCCGCAGUCGCGUGACGUUUCUUGCCCAAGAACCUGUUCUCUUUCCUGGGUCGAUGCGAAAGAACCUUGACCCUCUGGACGAAUACUCCGAUGCGGCGUGUGAGUCUGUACUUGGAAAGAUCGCAGACAAUCACGGUUGGACAUUAACCACCCCUAUCGAGGCUGGCGGCAAAGGCUUGUCUCAGGGCCAGCGACAGCUCGUCGGUCUAGCCCGUGCAAUGCUGAGACGCUCACCCGUUUUGAUCAUGGAUGAGGCCACGGCGAGCAUCGAUUUUGAGACUGCGCAGAAGGUGCAAGCUCUGUUGAGAGACGAGUUGAAACAGAGCACUGUCAUUACGAUUGCUCAUCGCUUGGAGGCGGUGAAGAACGCAGACUAUUGUAUCGUGCUUGGAAAGGGGAAGCUCAUCAAGGCGGGGAAAGCAGCGGAUAUGUUGAAGGAAGGAAGCGAGUUUAGCGGUAUGCUGGCGUAGGGCUUGACGUUAUGUCUUAGUGGGGAGUACGUUGAAAAGAAAUUGUGGAUUGUAUGCGAGGAGAGUGGAUAGAAAAAAUUUGUAUCUGUAUACGUGGUUGUCUUCAAAGAUCCUGUUUAUCGUAGCCGA